AUGACAAUUCGCGAGUGUCAUCUCAAUCCCUACGCUGCCCGGCGCAUACUAUGGGCCGGUGACCGCGCCCACAUUCCCCUUCAGCCUCUCUGCUGCACCUAUUCGCAAGCCGCCGAUCUCAUCGCCGACAACAUAACCAAUGUUCUGCAUGGCCCCACUGGACAUCCUCCCCACGACCCCUUCUACAAAAUCAAAGAAAACUGGAGGCGCUCCAACCUCUCUGAUCUCGCGGCUGUCAUCAAAACCCCCUGGUUAAGAGGUAAGAAAGAACAAGAUCUUCUCGAUCUCUAUUUCUCCUAUUUCAACACUAUGAUUUUUGGAGGCGCGCUCAAUACCAUGAGAUGCACGAUGAAGCUCGAAGAGCCGAAUGCGGAACAGAAGGCGAGAAAUGUGUUAGGUACGACGGUUGAUAAGAGAAGUGAAAAAACUACCACGAGACAAAAUGUUUGUUGUUAUAUUAGUGUAUUUGUAAGGUAUCCGCCUCCCAAAGAUGAAAGGAGAGUAAGAUCUUGUUGGAAAAUUAUCUGGGCACUAUGUUGCAUGAAAUGGUUCAUGCGUUUUUUCAGUAUCUAUGUGUGUAAAUGCAAUACGAGCUGUCGGAGAAAGGUUCUGGAAUUCGAAGAAUCGGGCAUGACGGGUCAUGGAAUGCAGUGGCAACGCGCGGCGAGGAGUAUUGAGAGGUUUGUGAGACAGGGGUUGAGAUUGGAUGUUCGGUUAGGGAGGGAAGAAGCGCUGGGGUUGGAAUUGGUGAUUGCGGAUAAGGAGAUUUGGUAUGUGGAUUUGGAGAAGAUGGGGAUGGAUCGGGAGGUGGUAGAUCGGGAGAUGGAUUGGUUUGCGCAUGUUUUCAUGGAGGAGUUGGAGGAGAGGAAAAAGAUGGAAAAGGAAAAGGAAGAUCGGUUGGAGAAAUUGGAACUUGAGAGAGUGCAGGGAGAAGAGGAGGAAGAACUCGCAAUGCAAGAGUGGGAAAGUGAAAGACCGGAACGAGAAGCGAGGGAGAGAUUGUUGCUGAAGAAUCAUAGAUUACGUAUUCAUGAGAGUUUACGAGGAUGGAGCAGGAUGACGAAUGGGAAGAUCUUUAAGAGGAUCGCGAAGCCGGUAAGCAAAUGUCUUGCUAACUCGUCGGUUCUAGUAGAUGACGAAGAUGCGAUGGCGUCUUCAGAACGUCCUCUUCCUAAUUUUUUACUCGCCCGGAGAACGCAUUUCACGACGGAAAGUGUAAAAGUAAGUCCGGCUACUGAUAAGUAUCUCAAGAACCUGAAACCAAGACAAGCGUAUCCGUAUAUACGCAAAACAGUCGAUCCUAAUAUUUCUAGCAUAAAUGGAAAAUAUAAGAUAGGAAUGGAGGUAAGGAAGCAUACUUAUGAGAAUAGGGAGAGGAAAAUAGAGAAAUUGGGGAGUGGAAUGGUUAAUGUGAAGAUUCUAGAUUUGGAGAUGUUUUGGGAUCUGGAGGGGUGUGCGGAGGAGGUUCAUAGGGUGAGGUAUUAUUAG